CUUGUUUCGUUGAUCAAAUCAGAUAAUCCGGAGAUUGUCUAUCCUGCUUUAUCAGAGCGGGUUUCGACAUGCCGACAGCAGACUUGAUAUAAACGACAGUUCCGCCGAAGUUGGGAAAUAUCCUUAUCGCCGCUUCACAAGGGUGCCUACUCUCAUUUAUUCUCUACGUUCACUCACUACUGCUAGUCAGCUUAAUUUCCGUUCUUUUCCUUCUGGCAAGCCUCCAUCAAUUCCAUCUUGCUUUGCACUUAUUAUCCUACACCGAAUCCUCAGAAACCCAUUACCUUCAAAGACCCAAGUCUCAGCAACAUGCGUUACAUCAACGUCCUUCUUCUGACGCUCGCUUCCUCGGUCCUAGCCGGCUCAGAGUACAGUUCUUAUAGCGGAAGCUCUAGUUCAGACUCAUCUGACAAAGGGUCUAUCUCUGGCUAUAGUGGAAGUUCGAGCUCCGAUAAUAGCAAAGGCUCAAGCUCCUACGACAACUCCGACAACUCUGGAUCAUCCGAGAAGGGUUCCAGCUCCUGGGGCUCAGACUCGUCGUCAUACGGCAAAAGUUCCUAUGGAGAUGACAGCAAUUCGAAAUCCAAUAAGACCCACACAACAAAGACUUAUUCGAAAGCGUCUGGGACCUACACUCGCGCCUCAAAAACGCACGAGACUUAUAGUGAAAAGACUCAUGCAUCGAAAGAUAAGAACUCGACUUCCGUUAAGACUAAGUCGUACGAAAUUGGGCACACAUACACCAACACCAAGACCCACAGCUACGAGGUUGGCGGAACGACCAUCAUAUCAAUUCUCAUCAGCACAGAGACUUUUGGCGCCGCGAAUUCGUUUUCAGUUCCUUUCACAAACACUGUCUUUUCAACGGAAACUGCACAGGCGAUCACCACAGCCGCCGCAGUGACAACAACCUUUGCUCCAGCAUCGUUCUCGAGUGUGACCCCUACAAACACCUCAAUACUGCUUCAGCAAGCGAACCAGACUGCGCCUGCUGCCGUCUUUACAGGCGCUGCAAUGUCCUCCGGGCAUCAAUUAUGGACACUUAUAGCCGCGGUGUCGUUCGCGUUGAUUGCAGCCUUCCUAUAGGUAUGAUAAAGCGGUCGAGGAUGUAUAUGUCAUUUGUCUUAAUGGUUUUCGUUUAUAAGGAAGGUUUC